ACGUGCCUCAGACUAGGAAUCAAACCCGCUACCCUUCGGUGCGCGGGACGACGCUCUUACACCACCGUCCAGGCCCCCUUGUAUGUUUAGUGGAAUAUUAAUGAAACUGUGUUUAUUUUCUAAUUCUGGUUUAAGCUUAAAUAUCAUGAAUAUUGUUUUUUCAACCAGUUUUUUCUGGAUUUUAUUAGUUGCUGUCUGAUUUUACUAAGUGCUUACUUCGUUCUGCCCGCUUUACCGAAGGGGAGAAGUAGAGUGGGAAAGAGGUUAAAUGCCUUUUUCAAAGUCCAACUUUGCAGCUGAGGGUAGCAGGAGGACUGAAGCUCCUGGCUUUGUGCCUCUGCAGUGAUCCGCAGGUCUCCUUCCGCGUCUUCCCCACCCCCUCAGAAGUCGGUUGUCCCGCUGAACUACGUUUCCCGGCGUGCCGCGCGCCAGCGAGCGCGGGCUUGACCAGCCCUUCCUUCUUUCUCGCCAAUCAUCCAGUCGCGGCGUGAUGAUGCAACUGCGUCGGGCGCUGGCGAUGACGGUGUCCUGGCUCGCGACCGCGGCGGCGUGGUUAGCAGCAGCUAAAUAGGCGCAACAACGGCGGCGACUGCAGGGACGGCGACGCCGGGGCGGGCGCUGUGCGCAAAGGGGAGUGGUAGGCGGGCGGCGCCGGAGGCUUCAACUGCGGCAGCCUCGGCUAGGGCGGCGGAAGGAGGAUCCCCAUCAGCCGGCGGUCGAGUGAGGCCUAAGCGGCGCGUAGAGGCGCCCGCCGUGUCCUCGGCGGGGGAUCUCCAUAGAGACCGUGACACAUACAGAGGAGGGGGCCUGCGAGUGUCUACCGGACCCGAGCCAGCGACUCGGCCUCUGUCGCCGCCGCCUUCCCUGCUGCCCGCGCACAUUUUCUCUCCACUCUGCUCGCCGCCUCGCGUUUCCUGGUGUGCCCGUACCCUCCAGUGUGGGCCGCGGGGACGGACUUGUGGGCUGGGGGUGGGCGGGGGGAGGCUCUAAGGCGGCCGCCUCUGCCUCUCCCGCCCCCUUACUCGCCCCGGAGCGGGAAGCAGCGGAGGCUCCGCCAUGGCCUCAGAAGCCGGAGGAAUAGGAGGGGGCGGUGGCGGCAAGAUCCGGACGCGGCGUUGCCACCAGGGGCCAAUUAAGCCUUACCAGCAGGGGCGACCAAAGCAGCAGGGCAUUCUUAGCAGGGUUACAGAAUCUGUUAAGAAUAUUGUGCCAGGAUGGCUACAGAGAUACUUCAACAAGAAUGAAGAUGUAUGCAGCUGCUCAGCAGACACCAGAGAGGUACCACAGUGGCCAGAAAAUAGAGAAGAUGAUCAUCUGAUAUAUGCUGAUGAGGAGAGUGCUAAUAUUCAUGAUGGGAGAAUCACUCCUGAGCCAACAGUCAGUAAUACAGAAGAACCCUCAACAACUAGUACUGCUUCAAAUUAUCCAGAUGUAUUAACAAGGCCUUCUCUUCAUCGGAGCCAUCUGAAUUUCUCCAUGUUGGAAUCUCCUACAUUACACUGUCAGCCCUCCACAUCCUCGGCAUUCCCAAUUGGCAGUUCUGGAUUUUCCCUUGUAAAGGAAAUUAAAGAUUCUACCUCUCAGCAUGAUGAUGAUAACAUCUCAACUACCAGUGGGUUUUCUUCAAGAGCUUCUGAUAAAGAUAUAACUGUUUCAAAGAAUACUUCAGUGCUCCCCCUGUGGUCCCCAGAGGCUGAACGGUCUCAUUCACUCUCACAGCACACUGCCACCAGCUCAAAGAAACCAGCAUUCAACUUGUCUGCCUUUGGGACACUUUCCCCUUCACUUGGGAGUUCUUCAUUCCUUAAAACAAGUCAGCUUGGAGAUUCUCCUUUUUAUCCUGGAAAAACAACGUAUGGUGGGGCAGCAGCUGCUGUAAGACAGCCUAAACUACAAAACACACCGUAUCAGGUACCAUUCAGAAGACAGAUGAAAGCUAAACAAGUCAAUUCAGAAUACUAUGGUGUGACUAGUUCAACAGCUCGGCGAAUAUUGCAAUCUUUAGAGAAGAUGUCAAGCCCUUUAGCGGAUGCAAAAAGAAUUCCAUCUGUUGUUUCUUCUCCAAUGAAUUCUCCUCUUGAUAGGAGAGGGAUAGAUACCACCACAGAUUUUCAGGCCAAAAGGGAAAAGACUGGAUAUGAAAAAAGUAUGACACCAGGACAAAAUAGAGAACAAGAAAGUGGUUUUUCUUACCCAAAUUUCAGUAUGUCUGCAGCCAAUGGUGUAUCUUCUGGAGUAGGUGGUGGAGGAGGCAAGAUGAGACGAGAAAGAACACGUUUUGUGGCAACUAAACCUGCAGAGGGGGAGGAAAUGGAGGUACCAGUAUUACCGAAUAUCUCUCUACCCAUCACCAGUUCUUCACUGCCUACCUUCAAUUUUAGUUCCUCGGUGAUUACAACUUCUCUAUCACCAAUUAGUCCUGCACAGUCAUUAACAAAUAAGGUACAAAUGACCUCUCCAAACAACACAAACAGUCCUAUGUUUAGAUUUUCAUCUCCAAUUGUAAAAUCUACAGAGGCAGAUGUACUACCUCCAUCAUCUAUUGGAUUUACAUUUAGUGUGCCUGUUGCAAAAACAGUAGAACUUUCUGGCUCUAGUACUGUUUUAGAACCAAUUACAAGUAGUGCAGCUCAAGAUAUCACUGCAAUGAACAGUAGAAGCUGUAAGAAGCCAAAUGAAGAUUCUGAGGGCCUUUUUAGACCUGCAAAAACCCUGAAAGAAGGAAGUGUCCUAGAUGUUCUGAAAAAUCCUGGUUUCACAUCACCGAAGGCAGAUUCUCUUGCUCCUAUUUCUACCACCACAAGCCCGGUAGUUUAUACAAGACCAGCAAUAAGUAGCUUUUCUUCUAGUGGAAUGGGGUUGGGGGAAAGUUUAAAAGCUGGAUCAUCAUGGCAGUGUGAUAGUUGUCUACUCCAGAACAAAGUUACAGACAGCAAGUGUAUAGCCUGUCAAGCGACAAAAUCACCACUAAGAGAUACUGCUAAACAGACUGGAAUUGGAACACCAAGUAAAAGUGUCAAACCAACUCUUUCUGCAUCAGGGACAGGUUUUGGAGACAAAUUUAAACCAGCAAUAGGAACUUGGGAUUGUGAUACCUGUUUAGUGCGAAAUAAGCCUGAAGCGAUAAAAUGUGUAGCUUGUGAAACACCGAAACCUGGAACUGGUGUUAAGCGUGUCCUUACAUUGCCAGUGGCUUCAGAAAGUGCUGUCACCAUGGCUGCUUCAUCUUCCAGCUGCACUGUGACCACUGGUACCUUAGGAUUUGCAGAUAAAUUCACAAAGCCCAAGAGGUCUUGGGAGUGUCCAGUAUGCUGUGUUCCUAAUAAUCCAGAGGACAAUAAAUGUGUGUCCUGUAUGUCUGAGAAACCAGGAAGUUCAGUACCUGCUUCAAGUAGCAGCACGGUUCCUAUCUCUCUGUCUUCUGGAGGCUGCCUAGGAUUAGACAAGUUCAAGAAACCCGAGGGAAGCUGGGAUUGUGAAGUGUGCCUAGUGCAGAAUAAAGCAGAUUCCACCAAAUGUGCAGCAUGUGAAAGUGCCAGGCCAGGCACAAAAUCUGAGUUUAAAGGCUUUGGCACAUCUUCCUCAUCUUCAAACCCAGCAUCCUCAUCCUUCAAAUUUGGUAUACCAUCAUCCUCUUCUGAGCCUUCUCAGACUUUACCAAGCACUGGAAAUUUUAAAUUUGGAGACCAAGGAGGCUUUAAAAUAGGUAUGUCAUCAGAUUCUGGGUCUUUAAACCCCAUGAGUGAAGGCUUCAAAUUUUCUAAACCAGUAGGAGAUUUUAAAUUUGGAGUUUCAUCUGAUUCUAAACCGGAAGAAGUUAAAAAGGACAGUAAGAAUGAUAAUAAUUUUAAGUUUGGACUUUCUUCUGGUUUAAGCAAUCCAGCUUUAGCCCCAUUUCAGUUUGGGAUGACUAAUCUUGGGCAGCAAGAAAAGAAAGAGGAACUGCCUAAAGCUUCAUCUACAGGCUUUAGUUUUGGUACGGGUGUUAUUAACCCCACUCCUGCUGCUGCUGACACUGUGGUGACCUCUGAGAACAAGAGUAGCUUCAGCUUUGGAACUAUCGAAACCAAGAGUAGCUCAGUGGCUCCUUUCCCAUGUAAGACGUCAGAAGCGAAAAAAGAAGAAAUGCCUGCCACCAAAGGAGGGUUCCCUUUUGGCAAUAUGGAACCUGCCCCUCUGUCAUCUGCCUCAUUGUUUGCUUUGGGAAGGACAGAAGAGAAGCAAGAGCCUGUCACUUCUACUUCUCUUGUGUUUGGGAAGAAAGCUGACAAUGAAGAGCCAAAGUGUCAACCAGUGUUUCCCUUUGGGAAUUCAGAGCAAACCAAAGAUGAGAGUUCUUCUAAGUCAACCUUUAGUUUCAGUAUGGUAAAACCAUCUGAGAAGGAGUCUGAGCAGCCAGCAAAGGCCACUUUUGCUUUUGGAGCUCAAACCAGUACUACAGCUGAUCAAGGUGGAGCAAAGUCAGUUUUUAGUUUCUUGAACAACAAUUCCUCUAAUUCAAGUACACCAGCCACUUCAGCUGGUGGCAGCAUAUUUGGUAGUUCCACCUCUUCAUCCAGUGCACCAGCGAGUGCCUUUGUGUUUGGACAGGCCAACAAUCCUGUGAGCAGCUCUGCCUUUGGUAACCCUGCUGAAUCCAGUACAUCUCAACAAUCUUUGCUGUUUCCUCAAGAGAGUAAACCAGCAACCACAUCCAGCUCGGGUACAGCUGUUACCCCAUUUGUCUUUGGUCCAGGAGCCAGCAGUAAUAAUACUGCAACCUCUGGUUUUAACUUUGGAGCUACAACCACAUCUAGCUCUUCAGGAUGCUCCUUUGUGUUUGGCACUGGACCUUCAGCACCAUCUGCCAGUCCAGCAUUUGGUGCUAACCAGACCCCAACAUUUGGACAAAGUCAAGGUGCCAGCCAGCCAAAUCCCCCAGGCUUUGGAUCUCUGUCAUCUUCAGCAGCUUUAUUUUCUGCUGGUUCUCAGCCUGCACCACCUACUUUUGGGACAGUGUCAAGCAGUAGCCAGCCUCCUGUGUUUGGACAGCAGCCUGGUCAGUCUGCAUUUGGCUCUGGAACAGCUCCAAAUUCCGGUUCAGUUUUCCAAUUUGGCAGCAGCACUACAAAUUUCAAUUUCACAAACAACAGUACGUCAGGAGUAUUCAAAUUUGGUGCAAAUCCGAGCACACCUGCAGCCCCAGCCCAGCCUUCUGGCUCAGGGGCCUUUCCAUUUAAUCAGCCGUCAGCGUCAUUUACAGUGGGGUCAAAUGGGAAAAAUAUGUUCUCUUCUUCUGGAACUUCAGUUUCUGGUCGCAAGAUAAAGACUGCUGUUAGACGCAGGAAAUAAAUGUUGCAGUGGUGGUAUACACAAGUUUAACAAAAGCUGGUGUCCUGCUUUUAGAUACUGGAUUGUACUACAUGCUGGAGUUACCUGAAGUCAAUCUGCUUAAGGACUUCUUUGAUUUUGGAAUUUUCCUCUUUGUUUCUUUACAAAAGCCCUGCCCUCACCUCUCGCCAUGCCCUUUAAAAAUAAAUAAUAGACUGAUGACUGAUUCUUCAGCGAAAAUAUUUUAUGAUCCAGCAAAUUAUUCACUGAUUUGGCUUAGGCUGGCUGAAUUCAGGAAUGGAGCCCGCUCAGUGAAUGGCUUUGUAUAGAACCUCUUCGUCUGCACCAUUAUGUGCGUUGAUACGCGUUUAUGGAACGCAUUGAUAUUGUAAUUAUAUCUGAGGAAUUCUGUAUAGAUUAGAGGAUGUUGAAAUGAAUGAUUUCUAUGCUGAGUUGUGCUGGUGUAUGUGUGAAGUGAGUGAGUUGGGUGUAUUGUGUACUAAAAUUUUCUGAUAGAGGAAGCCUGAUUAAAGAAUGGUCUAUACUAAGGACUUGUUAGAUCUAGUUCCUUCUCCACUUAAUAAUUAUAUGCUAUUUCUAUAUUUUCAUUCUUCUAUCACCUGUCUUGCCUUUUCCAUUAUUUUAUUAUGAAACUUGUGUAAAUACAAUUUUGUUUCUGUACUUUUUGGCAUAACAUAAAUCUGUGAACUUGAAAUUUUAAUUUUGUGUUAGAAUUUUUUGUUGUUUGUUUAGUCUUGUCUCAGAUUUUAUUAUGUAAAUCCCAUUAUUCAAAGUUGCCUAAAUCCAUUUGGAAAUCUUAAAAAAAAAAAUUGGGGAUUCUUAAAGUGAAUUUAUUGGCUUUUCUGAUCCAGUUUUGUUUGGACCAAAAACCAGUAUUGUACAAAGUAUUAAGCAUAUAUUUUUAUAUAUUUACUGAAAUGGACUGUGGUGACUUUGGAUAAUAAGGAAAAGUUUAAUAUUAAAGCCAUGUUUAUUACAGUAUAAUUAACAUGUUAAACCAUGGGAUAAAUGCCAUCAAUAAAAAAUUGUGAAAUCCUU